UCUCACUCAGAAGAAGUUCUUGCAGCAAUAUAUAAGCUAAACUAGAUUGGUGUUAUCUCAGUAAAGCUGCCUUGGGUAGUGGGAAGCAUCUGUCCUUAAAGGAGUACCACACACAGUACUAUCAUCCUUUGAUAAGCCAACAGCAGCUAUGAUGAUGCUAAAAGUAGAAGAGCUGGUGACAGGCAAAAAAGCAGAUGGUAGAGAGACGGAUGAUUUCCUUCCAGAGGACUUCAAAAAUGGAGAGUAUGAAGCUGCUGUGAGGUUAGAGAAACAAGAGGACCUGAAGACACUCACUGACCAUUCACUGACACGACGCAAUCUGACUUACAAAGAGGAGAAAGAGCUACAAGCUGGGCUCAAGAAAAAGAAACUAGAGGAGAGACCAAAGCUUGAGAGCUUGGAAGAUCUUGAAAAAAUAAUUCAACUGAAGAAAAGGAAAAAAUUCAAGAAGGUUAAAGUACCCGUUUUAAAGGAACCUGAGCAAGAAACUGUAACUGAACCUGUGGAUGUUCCAACAUUUUUAAAAGCUGCUUUGGAGAACAAGAUGCCAGUAAUUGAGAAAUAUUUAGCAGACAAAGGAGAUCCAGAUGUUUGUGAUGAGUAUAAGCGUACGGCCUUGCACAGAGCCUGCUCAGAAGGACACUUGGCAGUUGUGGAGAAGUUAGUCGAAGCUGGAGCCCAGCUUGAAUUCCAAGAUAUGCUUGAAUCUACAGCUAUUCAUUGGACCUGCCGUGGGGGCAGCGUGGAAAUCCUGAAGUACUUGCUAAACAAGGGAAUAAACAGGAAUGCUAGAGACAAGUUGCUCAGCAGUCCUCUGCACGUGGCAGUAAGGACAGGUCAGUAUGAAUGCGGGGAACACCUCAUCGCCUGCGAAGCAGAUCUCAGUGCCAGAGACAGAGAGGGAGAUACUCCUAUGCAUGAUGCAGUGAGACUGAAUCGUUAUAAAAUGAUUAGACUUCUGAUUAUGUAUGGUGCAAACCUGAAUGUAAAGAAUGAUGAAGGGAAAACUCCAAUGGAUCUUGUUCUGCAGUGGCAAAAUGGUACCAAAGAAAUAUUCAACAGCUUAAAGGAGAACUCUUACAAGAGCUCCCCUAUAGACACAUUCUGAAGACUAGACUCAAAACUUCAACGGACUGGACAGUUACCUUGCAAAUGGCAAGGUAUCAUCAAUAUGAAUAAUAGCAUUAAAAAUGACGCCAUCUUCACAAAACAAUACAA